CGGUCACUGGGCGAUGUCCUGGCGCUGGGAUCCCCUGGGGCUCUCUGCCGAGUGACCUCGGCCGGCGACGAGACCCCCAUCCCACCCCCAGUCGAGUACCGGGACCCUCACCCCACUCCCAGUCAAAUACCGGGACCCACAACCCACACUGGGUCCCCCAUCCCACACCGGGAUGGUUCAGUACGGGGCAUCCCGAUACUGAUGUGUCAUCCCAGCCCCAGUCAAAUAUCCCACGCCGGCUCCCCCAUUCCCACCUUUGGGAUGGUUCUGUACCAGGACCCCCAUUCCCAGCCCUCCCACCCUGGUACCGAGACCCCCAUCCCACCCCCUGUCAAGUACCCCUAUUCCCACUCCUCCCAUCCUGAUACCGGGACCCUCAUCCCAGUCCUCCAUCCCACAUCUCACCUCUCCCAUCCCAGGAUCCUCAUCUCACCCCCCUAAGUCUGUUUCUGGGACCCCCAUCCCACCCCCAAAUUCAGCAUCAUCCCAUCCCACCCCCGGUCAAAUAAUGGGACCCCCAUUCCUACCCAUCUCAUCCUGGUACCGAGACCACUGCCUCUCCCAUGCAGCACCGGGAUCUCCGUCUCAUCCCUCUCAUCCCUGGACCCCCAUCCCUCCCCCAAAUCCAGUACCGGGACCCCCAUCCCACCCCCCUUGUCCUCAUCCUAGAUCCCUCCCUCUUCAGGGAUGAGGUGCUGUGUCCCCCUCGGUGUUCCCCAGCCUGGAUCCAAUGUGGGUGUCCCACUGACCACCCAGAGCUCCCUCUGCUCCCAGACCUGGUCCCACCCCAGGACCUUUCAAACUCUUGUCUCUUUGUCCCCCAGCAUUUCAGGAACACCUUCAUCCAGUUUUCCAUCUGAUUUUGAGGACACCCCCCAUGGGGCUGUGGCUCUGCUUGGAGCUCCAGCGCUGCCUCGCUUAUCCCCCUCUAGCUUGUUUGAGGCUGGGGACGAUUCCAGAUCCCCUCCAUGAUCCCCCUUGCUCAUUCCUACUCCCCUUGCAGUGGCAGAGGGUUUGAGGUGUUUCAUUCCCUGUUCCUGAUGACAAGAGCUGAGUAGGAAGGGACAUGAAUGCUGGGAUAAUUGGAUUUUGAGGACAGAGCUGCUUUGCCUUGUGCCUGGAGGUGCUUUCCUGCACCUCCUCCCCACCUGGAUUCCUCAGCCACACUCCUGGGGAUAUAAGGACCUUGGAAGGAAGUGAUCCGGGCUCUAAUGUGCUCACUCCAUCCCUGCUUGACCUGGAUACUCAGCACCAUUUUUGUUUGGCUCCUUUCAAAUCCAGUCUCAGAGCAGCAGAAUCAUCUGUUUUGUGGGGAAUGCCUGCAGCCCUGCCUGCAGGUACCAUCCCCGCUGUGCCCACUCUGCCGCGUGCCCUUUGAUCCCAAAAAGGUGGAGAAGGCUUCCAGCGUGGAGAAGCAGCUCUCAUCCUACAAGGCUCCCUGCAGAGGCUGCAGCAAGAAGGUGACCCUGGCCAAAAUGCGCUCUCACGUCUCAUCCUGUGCCAAGGUGCAGGAGCAGAUGGCCAACUGCCCCAAGUUUGUUCCAGUUGUCCCCACAUCCCAGCCUAUUCCCAGCAACAUUCCCAACCGCUCGACGUUUGUGUGUCCGUACUGCGGAGCCCGGAACUUGGACCAGCAGGAGCUGGUGAAGCACUGCAUGGAAAACCACAGAAAUGACCCCAACAAAGUGGUGUGCCCGGUGUGUUCAGCCAUGCCCUGGGGAGAUCCCAGCUACAAGAGUGCCAACUUCCUCCAGCACCUCCUCCACAGGCACAAGUUCUCCUACGACACCUUCGUGGAUUACAACAUCGACGAGGAGGCAGCGUUGCAGGCGGCCCUGGCUCUGUCCCUCUCUGAGAACUGAGGGGGAUCCCCCUCCCCGCCCCGGCUCCUUUUGCACACUCGGCCUUCCGGGAGACAUGGAUCCCAUGGGCAUCCCCGGAGCCCCACUGCUGCCUCUCUUCCCUCUGCUCUGGGGGCAAAUCCCACCUUGUUUCAGAAGGUGGAGUCUCCUCAUUGUCGUGGUGAUGAAGCAGAGACAUCUGGAGAGAGGAGCCGUCACUGAAGGGCUGGGAUCAAUCCUGGUUUAGGCAUUUCAUAUCCGUACUCGGAGCAUAUCCCUGUGUCCAAUCUAUUUAUUAUUAGAUGCUUUUUGGCACACUUGUCCUUGCUCUUUGUUGCAAUCAAAUAGGUACCUAAAACUGAUAUAUUUGAUGCAAAACACCCUGAUUUGGGACUGGUAUCAUCCACAUCCUUUUAAAAAGGAGGAAAACAGCACGGAGCAUCUUUUUGUAAACACUCCAAGGAUUUUUCUAGAGAUGUCGGGCUGUCCUGACCCUCGUGCUGGAAGCAGGAGCUGCUUCCUUCACCUGAAUCCCGGGAUGAGACUUGCCUUCACAUUCCCCAUGAGGACAGCAGGUUUGGAGAAUUCCUUGGGGAUGGCAUCCAGCAUCCAGGGAAACUCCCUCCUCAUUUUGUACCGGAUCUUGGGAUACUAAAUCCUUGCGUUUUUCUACACGAACCGGCGUGAAGCCUUUUCCACAUUUUCUAGAGUGGGAUCAGAAGCUGUUCCUCUUCACACUGCAAUAUCUGUCACCCAGGACAAGAGUAUUUUUAUGGAACAUUAUUAAGAAAGUUUAUUUUUAAACAGGAAAAAACCCAAACAAAUGAACAUGUGGAUUUGGAAUGGGGCGGGAGGCAGGAGCUGCAUCCCGGAGCGGCGGGUCGGACUCUCUGGGGUGGUGGGAAGUGCACGGGGGUCCUUUGUGGGUCUUCCUGGGCCAUUCCUGAGUCAUUCUGGGCCAUUCCCGGGUCUUUCUACGCUGUUCCCAGGUCUUUCUGGACCGUUCCCUUCCCUACUCAGAACUCCUCUACCUGUGAGGGAGCAGGCAGGAUCCUUGUGCCACGCUGGCAAGGAGCAGCUGGAUUGUGUCCAGAUGAUGGGUGUGCAUGGGAUGUCUGUCCAUGCAGGAUCCCAGCUGGAACACUGAGCUGCUUAUCCCCAGAGAAGUAGGGGAUUGCAUCUCCCUUUCCCAGUCUUUCCCUGGGAAGAGGGCACUGUUGAUCCAAGAUGCUACGUAGCAUCCAGAUGACCCUCGGUCCCCUUCCUCUCUGCCCUCUCUGGAGUUGGCUCUGGAGGGCUAGGAGAGGAUAGGAGGGAGAUGGCACCGGUGAUGGGGUGAGCCCAAGGUCCCAGUGAUGGAGCUGAGGGAGGGGGUGAUGCCCAAGAUCCCCUGUGCUGCCUUCCAGCAGGAUUUGCAGGGAAAAGGGGUAUGAGAGGACCCCUCUGCAUCUCCCUGCUCGGAGAACUCCCAAGGCUUAUUCAAGACCUGGCUCCAGCUCUGCUCUAGCAAUACCUGCUUGUUUUUAUUUUGAUUUUAGUAGUACUGGAUGUUUUUGGCAUCUGCAGCCCCAGGAGGAAGGUGCAGACACCCUCCACUCCCCUUGCAGGGCAUGGAAAGGGCUGGAGCUGCCCAGCUCUGCUCCCUGGAGCCAGGCCAGCAAGGAGGAAUAGGAUCUUCUCUUACCUGACCAGCAUUGCUGGCACCUGCCCAGCUGGGAGGAUGUUCCUGGUGGGAUGGAGAGCAUUGGCAUCUUCCCAAAGGGACUCGGGAGGGUUUACUUGUCCUGUUCUGAGCUGGGACCCUCAGUUCCUGGAGCAGCCUCCAUCCAAGCUCCUUGCUUUUGGGACAGCACUGUUAACCUCAGUCACUUUCCUUCCUUCCUCUUCUUCCCUACACUUUUUGCCCCACAGAGCCAGAGCAGGGGCAGCAACAGCUGCUUUUGUAAAGCACUUUAAGGCCCCGGGUGUGAGGGGUCAAAUCUGGCCGUGCAGGUCUGUGCCAGGGAUCCCUCUGUGCCAGGGAUCCUGCUGUGCCAGGGAUCCCACCGUGCCCAUCAGUGUGUCACCCACCACUUUUUUGCAUAAUUAGAACUUUUAAUGAGCCGUCCUGUUUUUGGAAAAAAAUUAACUCAACGACGUAUUUGUAGCAAACCAUUUUUCUCAAUAAAGGCAGUUUCAUCCAUGGG